AUGAGUUAUGCUUUCGGUCGUGGUCCUCCCGAAUAUGACAGCCAACCUUCCUACCUCGGUCGCCGACGCUCAACUCGCUACGAGAUGGUUGCGCGAAGUGAGCAUGACCGGUCAUGUGUGGACCAUCCACCAGCCGACGAUUCGCCAGAUUGGCGUCCCACACCAACCGCACGCCACACCUAC